GAAUUUUCGGCAUCAUUACUCCAGUCUUCAGAAAUCAUUCUGAUAUGCUUUGAAAAGAAACUAUAACAUUAUACUUGUAUUUUAUGUCACUUCACACUUACUGAAUAAAUGUAUGUUUUUUUUAUCAGAUCUAUAACAUGCAUUUCAUAAAAUUAAAAUGCAAUGUCAUUUGAAUAGCAUAGUUGCAUCUUUGCCACUCAUUCUUGAGAGGUUAUUAUUUAAAAAUUAACAAAUUUUCAAAUGUGCCGUAAAUCUGCCAUUAUUAUGGCAUAUAUUGUAUCAAACCCUGUCAUUGUGAUCAUAAACAACUGGUUGGCCACCUUCUUGAGGAGCAGCCAUAGCCAGUUUGUGUCUCUCGCCCUCACCUUAAACCUCUCUCACUUCGUGUCCCACCACAGGCUAAUUACGAGGGAAGUGUAUUUCACUUCUAUUUACAAACCACAUUAUUCUUUUCAUUAGCUCAAACUAGUCAAGCAGCUCGACUGGAAAUAUCAAGCCAAAAAGGAAUGAAGCAUGGUAUGAUUAUGAACGCUGCGAGACCGUAAUGGUCUGUUCCGUACUGCUGCCAUUAGACGGGCCACAGUUAAUCAGAACCCACUUUGAUUUUUAAUGGAAAGAAGAAGAAAGAAGUGGGAUGCGUUAAAUGCCGUCUGUCAUGGCGAAGCUUUUCCAUCUGAGCAAAAUCAAUGUUUUUAAAUAUGGAUUAUUAUUGAGGAGUUCAAAAUGUGCUUUCUGCCCUGGAUGGUAAAACUGAGAGGUUUGUGGACUGUGUGUGUGUGUGUGUGUGUUUGUAUAUGUGUGUGGACACUCUCUCCACUCGUCUGGAGUCCCUUGGCUCCUCGGCGUUCUUCUCCAUGAAAUGAUUUUGUAAAUUCAGAAGGCCCUGAGGCCACAGCGGCCCAGGUCUCUUUCAGAACUGGAUAAUUGACUCUUUUUCCUUGAUAAUUCAUAGCUUGCAUAUGCCAACUAAUACAUCAGCAUGAGAGCCUGUGGCCGCUCUUGCAUCACCCCUGAGACCCUCGAGGAGAUCGAGACGGGACAACACACAUGUCUGUGCCCAGGUGUUGGUCUUCAGGGAGAUGUCUAAAUGCAAAGAGGUCAGAGGAUGCUGGGAAUCAGACAUUUGGGAAUGUGGAGGCAAAUGCAUGAGUUUAUGGCCUUGGCACUCUGCAGUAGCAUCAGUGCUUUCACACAAGAACUGACUAAUACAUCCUUGAGCUCCUAUCUUCAGAAUUGACGAAUCAUCUGUGUAAAUCAGUCUGACACCAAAGUUACUCCCAUUUGUUUGUCAUCAGUUUGAAAUUAUGCAGACUUGAUUUAGGAACUCGCUUAUGUCUGGUCUGCUCUUCAUAUAAUCACGAUGGCAUGCUCCCCUAUUUUUAUAAUGGGUCUGAACAUAAGUGGUAAUGUUGCUUAUGGCAGGAGAAUGGCGAAGGAUCACCUGUGGAUCCUCAGGCAGAAUGAACACGGCACUGACUCAUAAAUGAUUGUAUUUGGAUUUUUUUUGCUUUUAUUUAUUUUUGUUCCAGUUUGAUGGUAAUACAAAAGAAGCCGUAAAGAUGUCCCGAGAUCUGCGUGAGGAUGAUGAUGGAUGUCAGGCUGCUCUCAGUGAUUUUCAGAUUUCUUGGAAUCAAAUGAAAACACAGAUGAAGUGCAGAGAAGAGCUGUCAUGAGCUUUUGAUCUUCAUCAUUCAGCUGCUGAUUUUUGGUUGAACUCAAGCCUGUACUGUACUGAAAUUAGAGCUGCUUCACACAUGAUGAUACGGCUGUGUGUAAGCUGGCUGGUUUUGCUGUUGGGAGUGCAGCUUGUUUUGGCUCAGCUGGGCAAACUUGACGAUGCUGAUGAUGAUGAUGAGGAGGAUUUAGAAGAUAAGAGAAAUGGAAGAAACAAAAAUAAACCAAUCACCUCUAAUGUCAUCCCAAAAAGUGAUGCGGACUGUAAUUUGGAACUGGCAUUUUUGGUGGACAGUUCAGAAAGCGCCAAAGACAACCAUGCUCAAGAGAAGCGUUUUGUUACUGAUCUUGUUAGCCGGAUCCGAAACAUCCAUCUCCAAACUGGACAGGGCUUGAAAUUCAGAACCGCUCUCCUUCAGUACAGCAGUCAUGUGAUCACCGAACAGUCCUUCAAAGAUUGGAGGGGCGUGCCCACCUUCCAGGAUCACAUCGGGCCCAUGCCUUACAUAGGGCACGGUACCUACACCACCUACGCCAUCACCAACCUCACACGCAUCUACCUGGAGGAGUCUGGCCCUGACAGCGUGAAGGUGGCCAUUCUGCUGUAUGACGGCGAGUCGCAUCCCAAGAAUCCCGAUAUCUUCUCUGCUUUAGCUGAUGCUAAGAACCAAGGGAUUAAAUUCUUCACAGUGGGUUUCACAUCCGCUGCCAAUGUGGAACAGCUGCGGCUCCUGGCCAGUCCUCCGGCCGCCCGCUACGUACACAACCUACAGGACAAGGGCGUCAUGGAUAAGAUCGUCAAAGAGAUUACUGAGGUGGCUAAUGAAGUGUGCCCUCUUUCCCCAAAAUGCACUUGUGAGAAAGGAGAGCGAGGAACUAGUGGACCACCUGGUAAAAAGGGUCGUCCUGGAGAAGAUGGAAGUCCAGGAUCUAAAGGACAAAAGGGAGAGAACGGAUUCAACGGUCCUCCUGGACGAGAUGGGACAGAGGGGAAACCUGGAUACAAAGGAGAAAAGGGUGAGCGAGGGGAGUGUGGGACACCAGGCGUCAAAGGAGACAGAGGUCCGGAGGGUCCUGUCGGUAUCAGAGGAAACAGAGGACUGCAGGGUUUACCUGGACCUAAUGGAGACAUUGGCUCUGAGGGCCCACCAGGCAAAAAAGGCGAGAGAGGUUUUCCCGGACCACCAGGAAUACAGGGCGAGACUGGCUUUGGGCUUCCUGGACCAAAGGGUGAUGUGGGGUUUCAGGGCAGAAUGGGUCCUCCCGGGCCUCCUGGGCUUGGCGAGCCGGGCCUACCGGGGCCACAGGGGCCACAGGGUUUGCCAGGAGAGAAGGGCCCUGCAGGAGAGGGUUUACCAGGACCAAAGGGUGAGAGGGGUCUGGAGGGGCCAAGAGGACCCAGAGGACCAGUAGGUCCUGGCAUUAGAGGAGACAAGGGUGAUAUUGGUCCUCCUGGUCUUCAAGGAGCAGUGGGGCUUCCUGGAGCAGGGAUCCAAGGAGAGAAGGGUGUGGAAGGACCACGUGGACCCCCGGGAAGCAGAGGCCCACUGGGUGAGGGCUACCCUGGACCAAAGGGUGAUCAAGGUUUCCCAGGUGAGAUCGGUGCACCAGGAGAGAGAGGAGCAGGAGAACCGGGGGCAAAAGGGGAACCUGGUGCUACGGGGUUAUCAGGAUUACCAGGUUUACCAGGAGAGGAUGGAGCUCCAGGACAGAAGGGAGAACCAGGAGCCCCUGGGUUGAGGGGCUCUGAAGGAGCAGCAGGAGUGGGCAUCCAGGGUGAAAAAGGUGAUCAGGGUCAGCGGGGAAUCCGUGGGUUAGCAGGGCCACCGGGAAUAGCCGGACCCUCAGGGUCAAAGGGAGAGCCUGGCACCCCUGGGAGAUUGGGAUUACCUGGACAACCGGGACGUGCUAUAACAGGACCAAAAGGUGACGUAGGCCCGCCAGGUCCAUUUGGUCCAAUGGGAGAGACGGGAUAUGGACUUCCUGGACCAAAGGGUGAUCGUGGUGACCCAGGUUCUCCUGGUCUAAGUGGACCAAAAGGGGACGGCUAUCCUGGUCCCUUAGGGCCUCCAGGUCUUCCUGGUCUUCCAGGAGAACCUGGUCUUGUGGGCAUAGGAAUACCUGGACCAAAGGGUGAUAUUGGCUUCAGAGGUUUACCGGGCCCACCUGGACCUCCAGGGGAAGGGCUACAAGGACCACCUGGCAACAUGGGAAGACCAGGACCUCCUGGACCGACUGGGCCACCAGGACAAGGCCUACAGGGUCCAAAGGGUGAUCAGGGGUCACAGGGUGUGAGCGGGCCAAGAGGACCUUCUGGAGAAGGAAUGCCGGGGUCAAAGGGGGAUCGUGGAGGUCAGGGUGAGAGGGGGAUGAAGGGGGUUAAAGGUGAUAUGGGAGAUCCUGGUGUUCCUGGACAAACAGGUAGAGCUGGAAUCAAAGGUGAAUCUGGACUAACGAGGGAUGAGAUAAUCAGAAUGAUCCGGGAGAUUUGUGGCUGUGGAGUCAAGUGUAAAGAGCGUCCCAUGGAGCUGGUGUUUGUGAUCGACAGCUCUGAAAGCGUCGGGCCUGAUAACUUUGAGAUCAUCAAGGACUUUGUGGCCGCAUUAGUCGACAGACUCACCAUAGGGCGUAAUGCCACCCGAGUCGGUCUCGUUUUGUACAGCCUAGAGGUCCAGCUUGAGUUCAACCUCGCUCGCUACAUGAUCAAACAAGACGUCAAACAAGCAAUACGCAGGGUUCACUACAUCGGCGAGGGCACCUACACCGGCUCUGCCAUCCGCAAAGCAACUCAGGAGGCGUUUUACAGCGCAAGGACUGGGGUGAGGAAGGUUGCCAUCGUCAUCACAGACGGACAAACAGAUAAACGGGAGCCAGUGAAGCUGGAAAUUGCUGUCAGGGAGGCGCAUGCAGCAAACAUUGAGAUGUACGCUCUGGGAAUUGUUAACAUUAGUGAUCCGACACAGGAAGAGUUUCUCCAGGAGCUCAAUCUCAUUGCGUCGGACCCUGACAGUGAGCACAUGUUCUACAUAGACGACUUCAACACCUUGCCAGCUCUGGAGUCCAAACUGGUCAAUCAGCUCUGUGAGGAUGAAAAUGGCGCACUUAUCUUCAGUCGCAUUAAUGGGUUUGAAAACGGAUAUGGUAUUAAUGGCAACCGCAUCAAUGGUAACAGCAGGUACAGUUAUGGCACCAAUGUAAAUGAAGUCCACAGAGAGAACACGGGAACACACUCUGGGCUGAACACUGUCACUCAUGAGAACGGGAGAGGAGGCACGUUUGCUCCAACAGCUGGUCCAGACAUUAAUGAGGAGGUUGAGCGUGUACCUGAGACACCAGACGCAAACACUUCAGAGCAGAGCAGCGGUAGAGGAGAUACUCCAACAGUCACUAGGACAUCCACACAAAGCAAACCUUCAUCAGGGACAACAUCAUCAUCAUCAACAUCAACAACUGUGAACACGUCAACCUCAGUGCGGUAUAUACCAGCACCACGACCACCAUUACCUAAAGAAGUUGUAUCUCUUGACCCCCGUUGUGAGCUGCUCCUGGAUCAGGGCCGUUGUCGGGCCUAUAUCAUCCGCUGGUACUACGACUGGCAGGCCAACGCCUGCGCUCAGUUCUGGUACGGAGGCUGUGAGGGGAACCGUAACCGCUUUGACACAGAAGAAGAGUGCAAAAAGACAUGUGUUGUUGUGAGAGCAGGAGGCUGAUAUCCAUUACGGAUACCUUUCCCUUUGUCUGUAGCUAAUUCCUCACACUCCAAUACGAUGGACCUGCACUGAAAUACUCAAAAGUAUAUGACAAAUUGGUAGGACAGGAGAUUUCAUUGAGAGUAGCUAGUUGAUAAUGCACAGUACUUUUCAUAUCACAACCUGCAGAACUGUGAAUAAGCAAUACUGUAAUAUUUACACUGUCAUUCAACAUUCUUGAAUUGGCAUUAAUGUAAUAAAUGAAAUGUAAUCUUGAUUUUGAGACCUAGUGUUGUCAGUAUCAGUGUAAUAAAGCUUGUCGUUUUGUAUCUUGUACUUUUUGUAAUAAAAUAUUUUGUA